GUGGCAAUACCAGAAAGAGAAACCGCUAUCUUUUCUCCUUCAUUUUUUCCCUUUAGAAUUCGGGAGCCUUGCCUCUCUCUCUCCUCCUACAUACAUCACAUCCGGGUCAGUUGUCUGUAACUGUUGAGAAGAUGGUACAGUAACGCAGGCUGAGCCAGCUGCUAUAUAUUCUGUAUCGACAUGGAUAUUACCACUGGCGUUUGUUGAAACUGUCCACCGUCGAUCUGUGAAGCGGACAAGACCGAUAACUUCUUACAUGGGUGCCCUUAAGGGAUAGCUACUACUCAGCCAUGUCCAAAAGCCUGAAGAAGAAAAACCACUGGACCAACAAAGUCCAUGAGAGUAUAAUUUGCAGGAAUAGGGAAGGGGAGCUCGGGUUUGACUUGAAGGGAGGCGCAGAGAAUGGACAGUUCCCUUAUCUCGGGGAGGUUAGGCAAGGCAAGGUGGCCUGCCAGAGCGGCAAACUUUCCCAAGACGAACUACUUCUUGAGGUCAAUGACACGCCAGUGGCCGGACUAACCAUCAGGGACGUCCAUGCAGUAGUUAGGCACAGUAAAGACCCGGUUCGCCUAAAGUGUGUCAGACAAGGAGGCGUCAUAGACAAGGACCUGCGCCAUUACCUUAACCUGCGCUUCCAGAAGGGCUCAGUGGACCACGAGCUCCAGCAGAUCAUCCGAGACAACCUCUACCUUCGCACCGUCCCCUGCACUACCAGGCAACCCAAGGAAGGGGAGGUCCCAGGGGUUGACUACAACUUUGUGUCUGUUGACCGGUUUAUGGAAUUGGAAAAAAGUGGAGCCUUACUAGAGAGUGGAACUUAUGAAGAGAACUACUACGGCACACCGAAGCCCCUGUGUGAUCCCAGUCCUCUGCUGCUAAAUGUAACAGACGAGCUCCUGCCGGGUGCCCGACCCAGCUCCGAGGGGAAGAGAAAACGGAAUAAGUCGGUCAGCAACAUGGAGAAGGCCGGCAUUGAGCCCCCAGAGGACGAGGAGGAGGAAAGGCCCGUCGUCAACGGCAACGGUAUUGCCAUUACCCCAGAGUCCAGUGAACAUGAGGACAAGAGCACAGACGUCUCCUCGGGGGAGGUGCCCCCCCAGACAUGUCCCCCAACAGAGACCCUUGCCUUCUCUACCACCCCCAACAACGAGGUUCCCAAGGAGGAGGGGGGUGAGAUGGCCAAGCCCGAUGAGAAUGAGAGCGAGCUGGGCCCACUGCCAGACAACUGGGAGAUGGCCUACACAGAGAAGGGAGAGGUGUACUUUAUUGACCACAACACCAAAACGACUUCUUGGCUGGAUCCACGGCUUGCGAAAAAGGCAAAGCCACCAGAAGAAUGCAAAGAGGACGAGCUUCCGUACGGUUGGGAGAAGAUCGAUGACCCGGUCUAUGGCAGCUACUAUGUGGACCACAUAAACAGAAGGACCCAGUUUGAGAACCCGGUUCUGGAAGCCAAAAGGAGAGUCCACCAGCAGCAAAUGCAAGCGCAGGGCCUGUCUUCACUGCCUCUACCUGCUAUCUACAGAGUGGUGGAGGAGAUCCCGACCUCCUCCCCGUUACCCAGAGCCACCCUGGCCCACAUCGGCCCCGCCCCGGAGCGCUGCCAGAGCCUCAGUGACCUGUCCCAGUCCCUCCCCCCAGGCCACCGGGUGGGACUGUUGGGCUUGCACACCCACACACCCCCGGCCUCCGCCACCAACUCCCCACUGCGGCGCCAGCAAAGGCCGCGGAAGGAUCCGUCGUGCUGCUCGCACCGGCACCUCCUCCACCAGUCGCUUCACGCCUUCGUGGUGGAGCCGGCUGCCGUGUGUUCUGGCGCUUUUCCCCUGUGGCUCUCCCUCAAGAAGCCCCUGUUCACGCGGGACCCAACCCAACUGAAGGGCAGCUUCCUGUCCACGGCCCUACAGAAGAGCAACAUGGGGUUCGGCUUCACCAUCAUCGGAGGGGACGAGCCAGACGAGUUCCUACAGGUGAAGAGUGUCAUUCCAGAUGGCCCGGCUGCGCAGGAUGGAAAGAUGGACACAGGGGAUGUAAUCGUGUACAUCAACGACGUGUGUGUCCUGGGCACCACCCACGCCGACGUGGUCAAGCUUUUCCAGUCGGUGCCCAUCGGCCAGAGUGUCACCCUGGUGCUGUGCCGUGGCUACCCGCUGCCCUACGACCCCGAGGAUCCGGGCGCCGGCGCCACCACACUCCUCUCCCCCCUGGGCCUGAUGGAGCAGCGACCCCUCCUGGUCAACGGGCGCUCCAACUACGACAGCUACAUGGACUACAUCUCACGCACGGCCCGCUUCGUCCAGGAGCACGGCGACCAGCAUCUCAACGCCCACCAGCCGCCGCACCCCGGCGACACCCACCUGGACGGCUCCUCCCUGACGCCCGGUGGCCCGCACGGCGAGGACUCUCUGUCCAUGGCGUCGUCGGGGGCAACGCAGGCGGAGCUGCUGACCCUGACCAUGGUGAAGGGGGCGGAGGGCUUCGGGUUCACCAUCGCCGACAGCCCGGGGGGACAGAGGGUGAAGCAGGUGCUGGAAGCACAGGGAUGCCCUGGUCUGUGCGAGGGGGACCUCAUCGUGGAGAUCAACCAGCAGGGCGUGCACGGCCUCACCCACACCCAGGUGGUGGAGCUGCUGAAGGAGUGUGCCGUCGGGGCUGAGACCAGCCUGGUCAUCCAGAGGGGUGGAGGAGGUCACUAUUCACCCUGGAAGACCCCUAAACAGGUGUUGGAGCAGUGGGACGCAGCCCAGGGUCAGGGAGGGGACCAGGGCAGCCCCCAGACCAGCCUGUCUGCCCCUGUUGUCCCCUACAACGCCCCUUUUCCGACCCUCCAUCUCCACAGGGCCUCAGCCCUAGACUCUGCCCUCCCAGAGGGCUUUGAUCUGAGCAGGCCUGAUCCCUAUGACCUCUAUGAGAAGUCCAGGGCUAUCUAUGAGAGUAGUAGGCAGCCAGGCCUGCCAAGGACCACCUUCUCUGUGGACUCUUCAGAGGGAGAGUACCAGGAGGUGGAGGUCCACCUGAGAAGGCAGAAGUCUGGGUUCGGUUUCCGUAUACUAGGGGGUGACGACGCAGGACAACCAGUGAGUCCGGAUGCUCGUGAAAAGAUCCUGAUUGGGGCUAUCAUAGAGAAGAGCCCCGCGGACAGAGACGGGCGCUUGCGGCCGGGUGAUGAGCUCAUCCUUGUGGACGGCAUCCCGGUGGCGGGGAAGCCCCACCGCUACGUCAUCGACCUGAUGCACGGCGCCGCCCGUAACGGACAGGUCAACCUCACCGUCAGGAGGAGACUGCAGGGCCCAGGAGAGGCCUGUCCAGAGAACGGCCGAAGCCCCUGCUCAGCAUCCACCCAGCACAGCUCCCCACGCAGCGACUUCACCAACACUGCAUAUCCGGGCGACAACGCUGCCCCGCCCACCGCCGCCACGGGUACAGGUAGCACUACGGAUGGGACGCCAGCUUCCGGUUUGCACCAGUCGCCCAGUGAUGUCGUUAUCCACCGCAAGGAGAGCGAAGGAUUUGGAUUCGUCAUCAUCAGCUCGCUCAACCGGCCCGAGACCGCAGCCGCCAUCAGCGUUCCCCAUAAGAUAGGGCGCAUCAUCGACGGAAGCCCGGCGGACCGUUGUGGCAAGCUGAAGGUGGGCGACCGCAUCCUAGCCGUGAACGGCCAGUCCAUCAUCAACAUGCCCCACGCGGACAUCGUCAAGCUCAUCAAGGACGCCGGUCUGAGCGUCACCCUGCGGAUCAUACCACAGGAAGAACUGAGCCCGUCAGCCCCUUGCUCAGAGAAGCAGAGCCCAGCAGUGACCCAACAGCACAGUCCCCAGACCCAGGCGAGCCCGACUGUGAGCCAACCUAGCCCAGCAGUCACCCAACCCAGCAGCUCUGCGGUCACCCAGCCCAGCCCCCUGACCAACCAGAGCCCCAUCACACAGAACCAGACCCCACCAACCCAGAUCUACACCCAUGACAACAGUUACAGGUCGGAGGUGAAAGCAAGGCAGGACGUGAAACCAGAUAUCCGACAGCCUCCAUUCACAGACUACAGACAGCCCCCGUUGGACUACAGACACCCUCCAGUGGCUGACUACCGCCAGCCUCCCACACUGGACUACCGGCAUCCUCCUCUGAUGGACUACAGACAGCUGUCCACUGACCCCAGGCAUUUUCCCAUGCCCGUUCCCCACGACUACAGGCCGAUCCAACCGCAGAUUCCACAGAUCUACCAGGACUUUGACUUCUUUACGGUUGAGCUGGAGAAGAGUAUGAAGGGCUUUGGUUUCAGUAUCCGUGGAGGGAGGGAGUACAAGAUGGACCUGUUUGUGCUGCGCUUGGCAGAGGACGGGCCUGCCAUCCGCAAUGGGAGAAUGAGGGUGGGGGAUCAGAUCAUUGAGAUCAACGGGGAGACCACCAGGGACAUGACCCACGCCCGGGCCAUUGAGCUCAUCAAGUCUGGAGGCCGGCGGGUUCGUCUGCUCCUGAAGAGAGGCACAGGGCAGGUCCCGGAGUACGACAGCCCCUCCACCUGGGAUGCUCGCCCUUCAGCCUCCCCAAGUCUGUCGGAAGUAGCCCUGCUGCCGGACCCUGUGACCACGCCAUCGCCCUCAUCUCAUCUGACCCCGCCCCAGCAGCCCCCUGGCCCCAAUUCGGCUCACCUGCCACCACCGGAGGUCCCGCGAGAGGUGGCGGCGCGCGAGAGCAGAAGGGCGGAGCGCUCAAACAGUCCCCGGAAGGCCCCGGCCGAGCCCCGUCAUACGGACCAGACCAGCCAGGGCAGGGACCGGGACCGAACCAGUGUGAGUGGCAGCAGGAAGGCGAAGCAGAAAGAGGGUGGCAGGUCCACCCGCAACCAGAGUGGCCCCAAAGAAGUUGGCCCAGUGGGGAGGGACGGACAGCCCCCCGCAGGAGGGGACCCCAAACACUCCAAAAGCUUACCCAGGGGGAGGUCUAAGGAGAGGAAAGCCGGGGGGAGCAGCAGCAGCGCUUCCCACGGGAAGAGAGAGCCCGCCCAGUCACCGACGAAAGGCUCCUCACACACAAACUCUAACGGGAACAGCGCUGCUGGUACUCAGAGUGGCUGCAGCAGUCACCCAGACGCUGGCGUCGGGCAGCUGGGGGAGCCGGCGCCGGAGAAGCCCAGGACGAGAGAGGCAGAGAGGGGCCCAGGAGAGAUCCGGACCGGACGCCCCAGCAAGAGCAACGGCAGCGGGAGUUCAGUGGUGGGCAGGAAGCCGACCAUGUCCCCCGGGCCCUGGAAGAUCCCCGGCUCGGAUAAGCUGCCCAGCACCCUGCGCUCUGGCACGUCCACCAUGAGCAGAUAACACAUAGGAGUACACCCACCACCACCACCACCCAGAAUGGGCUGGGCUAGGCCACACCAACCUGGGCUAGCCCCUCCAAUGGCUCCCCCUCUACACCAUGCCUCCCCCAAACCCAGUCCAAGACCUCCAGAUGCAAAGUGGGGUUUCUCCAUGCGUUUUUAGAGGACCAUUUUUAUUUAUAUUAUACUCUAAAUUAUUUUGAGAGAGAUUUUACACCCACCACCUUAAGAACUGGACAGCAUUCAACGUCCAAAAAACAAGAAGAAACCAUGCAGAAGGAGUGUGCUGCUGCGUUACAGGAUCUUCUAGUGUCAUGGGGUCCAAAUACAGGAAUAUAUAUGGAAGUGCUGAAAUCACCACAACACUCUGGUUGACGACCUAAAUGGAACCUCUAACGGUUGAAAAACUUUGAUAGGUUGACUGUGACACUGCAGUGCUUUUAUACAAUGGAGUCUAUUUUAUGAAAAGGAAUGUUGAAGAGGGUUUGCCUGUUUUUGUGUAUUUUGAAAAGGGAGAAUGAAAAUGAAGAACUAGUAAGAGUCGCAUUAAUGGAACUUUGCCUUAAGAGACUGAAGAAACUCAAAUAAUCUAUAAAGUGAUAUAGAAAUAGAUAUGAGUUUGAAUAUGUGUACAUAUGAUUAUCUGUGUAGUCGGGCCAAUGGUAGUUCUGAGACACUACAUACACAGGAAGAGCAAAGGAAUACAACACUCUUAUAACGCCACGGUCCAGCUUGAGAUAUUGCAUUUCUGGUCUGUGUGGACCAGUAGACAAGACUUGAGCGGACUUGUGCUUGAAUCACCAACGAUCAGUGGUCGGGGUCACGAGAUCCAUUUUCCCCGGACUGUUCUUCAUGGACGAAAACUACUUGCGGAUGGUUUGCCUGGUGGACACUGUGGAGAGAGUGAAGGCUCAUGGGAUAUGGGGGCAGAGUGCCUUACGAUCAGGGACCGACAGACACAGAGGUCUGAUAUGGACUUAAAGAACCUAGAACAGUCUAAUGACUGAUGUGGUUCCAUCAAGGCUGCUACCAUACAGAGUCAAUAUCAAAGGCCCAAUAUCAAUUUACAGCUUUGCUACGACGGACAGUCAUCUUUUUAUAUCUCUGAUUGUUGAAAUUAGUCGGCUAUAUUCACAGGCUCCAGUAUUUAUUUGGUCAGAAAAUGUUUGCAAGUAGGGCCUUUCCUUACAGAUUGAAGUUAGUUCCGCAGUUAUGUCAUUGCGACGUCCAAUAUAAAAAUGUGUAGGCAGAACAUCUCCAACGGAUGGUGUAAUCAAGUUGUAGCUACACCAAAUAGUGUGUUUGGGUGAAAACAUGGUAUAUAUGGUCUGUUAAAACAGGAAAUUAAUUGUGUUACUGGUGGGGAUUGGAGAGAGAGAGAGAAGCGUCGCCAUUUGUCUCAUGCUCAUUCAUCGCUUAGAUGUGUUUAAUAGUCUGUGACUUCACUUAAUUUUCAAUUUGCAUAAAACAUCUGAAACACUUAUGUCCCAAAGACGCAUAUGCAUGCAUUACAACUGACAACUCUGCCUCCAUAUUCAUAUCAACAUUUGUUUCGGCUCUGUCACUAAGACGCGAUGCUCUCUUCACAACCAGAGACAUUCAUUUAUACACAUCUCAAUUAACAAUUAUAAUCUCUUGACAGUAGAGGCUCCGUCAGAUUUCCUGUCUGCUCUCCACUGUUGACAAUGUGCGCGCACACGCACACACGCACACACACACGUCCCUCUGCGCCACCUUGUCAUCCAAUGAUAAAGGCCAUGGCUAAUUCCUCUGUCGUUGUCUGAUUACUAUUGUACAUGUAGACACGGAGAGACGACAAUCUUUACUGUCAUCACUGGUCACCGGAAUCAUUACCAGACUCUUUCUAAGUCAACGAGGAGCAAUCUUUAUGUGACCAUUAGUUUCUGCAGGCAUAAAUUGUUUUAAGCAGUGCUUUUUUCUGUGCCAAGCUAAUAGUGUUACACAGAGAAUUGUGUUGGCAAUACAAAAGCUGCCAUCGUCUGGGGUGAACUAAAUGCAUACAGUCUUUCAGAAUUGGACCGUUAUGAGUGUGGUUUAGUAAUGCUCUGAGACUAACUCUAAUAACCGGGGGAAAAAAUAUUAAUGAUUUUCAUGUAUUAUUUUUUUAAGCACAUAGUGGAUCAGAGAACCGGGAUAUAUCGUGUGAUGUGGGACUGAGUCUGAGUGGACAGGGAUCUGUCUCUCAGCCCCUGUCUGGCUCCGUCUGAAUCCUUUAAGAAUGCAUUCUUCCUUCCUUUAAGUAGUCACUGUUCUAAUGGCACGUAAGACUAGUGGUUACUUCCAGGUAAGGAUGAAUUUUGAGUCUUUAAAAAAGUGCUACUGGACAGCCCUGGCUUCAUAUUAUUGCACUUUUGUUUUACCACUAAGUCUAUCGUGACGCCCGGGUAGCAUAGACUGACACAGGGGAGUAUUUCCCUCCUUCAGCCCCCCACUGCACAGUCCACCGCUUUUGCUCAUCUGAGCUGUUCCCCAUUGAGCCAACUGUAAGUACUUUUUCUGUGGGUAUUGAUAAAAAAAAAUGUUUUAAAAGAUAUCAAAAACAGUGAGUGUGUUGAAGACCGACGGUACAUACAGUACAUGACCCCUGACCCCAAAGCAGCUGGGUAUCACUGUGUAGUGUUAUUAUUAGCUGUGUUAUUGACCUUGUACAGCUGUAUCACUAUUAUAAAUAUGACUCAAUGUAUUAUUAUGGAUAGUCACAAAGACUAAGUGAGCAACCUAUUUUUAUGAAAUGCAACACUAUGGAUAUAUGACCUUUUACAGAAAUCUUGUUUACUGUAUGAUCUUCUGAAAUGCUGUCAAAUAAAAUCUUGACACGGUGUAAAGUGUUCAAUUGA